GCCGAUACUUCAAAAUAUAUAACAACAAAUUAUAAAGAUAUAGAUGAAAAAAAAACAGAUAUAAUUAUUUAUUCUGAUAUAGUUGAGAAGUUAAAUCAUCAAUAUAGUUCAAGUAAUAGCAAAAUAAUUGAAAUUGAUUAUAAAGAAACUACACAACAAGAUCAUGAUUCUAAAAUAGAACCAAUUCAAAAUUUCAAACAAUACUAUAUAACAGUUGAAUCAGAUAAUGAAAUUGAAACAAAUUUUGAUUCAGACGAUUUACAAAUAGAAUCUUCAACUCAACAACAAAUUAAUUAUCAGUAUUCUGAAAUUUUUAGCAAAUCAGAAUCUGAGUUAUCAGAUCUUUAUUCAGAUGACUUUGAUUAUACUCAUAAGCAAAAGAAAGAGCUAAAUAUGAAUAGUAAACGUAUUCAUGAGUCUGAAGAGCAUUUGGUUAUUGAAAAUGAUUUAUAUAUAGAUCAUGAUUCAGAUUUUAGUGAAAAUUUUGAAGAUUAUGAAUCAGAUAUUAGUGAAGAUUCUAAAUUAGCUAAAAAAGCAAAAUUGAUAAAUUAA